AUGGCUACAGGUCGAACAAAGUUCAUAUUGAUUUUUAUUUGGGUGUUAUCACUUGUCAUAUCGAUCGGACCACUGGUAAACGCCAGGGUAAUGCCACAAGAGUCAUCUACAGGAGAACACUAUUACCAAUGUGACGAACAAUGGAAAAAUGACGGAACAGCUAUCGUUUAUGAUGUAUUCAUGUUGUGUGUUGUUUACGUGAUUCCACUCGGCGUAUUGAUCUGGGCGUACAGUGUAACAGGGGUUAUACUAUGGAGAAGAACGCUUCCAGGCAACGCACAGGGAGAUAGAGACGUCUCACAACUAAUUGCAAAGAAAAAGAUUAUAAAGAUGCUGUCCGUUAUAGUCCUAGCAUUCGCACUAUGUUGGUUACCUCUGAAUAUAUUUAAUAUGGUAAUAACCAUUAACCAGCGAUAUUUGAGAGAAUCGGUUUACCAUGAUGUGAUAAUCACCAUCUAUCUGACAUGUUUCUGGAUGGCGAUGGCGAACAGUUUCUUGAAUCCUAUUAUAUAUACAUUCUUGAAUGAGACAUUCCGGGAAGAUUUGAUGCGGUUAGUAAAUUGUGUUAGAAAUGGGAACAAUAAACGGAAACGAAAGGAUGGAAGGAGGCGAACUAUCUCAAUGUCUUCGGGUGCAUCCCACAGAUCGAUGAACAGCAGGGUAACGUCGACAUUGCUAAUCCCAUCCUGGUCUCAACGGAAAGGAGAAUUUGUGGAGCAUGUUGUAUGA